AUCUGGUGCUAUUACGUCCCCGAGUCUAAGGGAACGAAAAAGCACAGAAUUCAAAGCAUUCUUCAGCCUGAAUUUUUAAGGGGUGCACUUAGGAACUAGGCAAGCUGAUUUAUGAUAACUAAAUUUUAAACCCCAACAACCAGAGGCAUAAGAAUUAGGAGCUGCUGACCUUUCAGUAUGAAGGGCAACUUCACCCUCGCCGCCAUCAGCAAAAACAUCACCAACAGUCUUCACUUCGGACUCGUGAACAUCGUUGGCAACCAGUCUACCUUCAACUGCUCGCAUAAACCGUCAGAUAAGCACUUAGACGCAAUCCCUGUCCUCUACUAUAUCAUUUUUGCGAUUGGAUUUCUUGUCAAUACUAUUGUGGUUACACUGUUUUGCUGUCAAAAGGGCCCUAAAAAGGUGUCCAGCAUUUACAUCUUCAACCUGGCUGUGGCUGACUUAAUGCUCUUGGCUACUCUGCCUCUCUGGGCAACCUAUUACUCUUACAGAUAUGACUGGCUCUUCGGCCCCGUCAUGUGCAAAGUUUUUGGCUCCUUCCUGACCCUGAACAUGUUUGCGAGCAUUUUUUUCAUCACCUGCAUGAGUGUCGAUAGGUACCAAUCUGUUAUCUAUCCCUUUCUGUCUCAAAGAAGGAAUCCCUGGCAAGCGUCUUACAUAGUUCCCCUGGUCUGGUGUAUGGCCUGUGUGUCCUCGCUGCCAACAUUUUAUUUCCGAGACGUCCGAACCAUUGAGUAUUUAGGAGUGAAUGCUUGCGUUAUGGCUUUCCCACCCGAGAAAUAUGCCCAAUGGUCAGCUGGCAUUGCCUUAAUGAAAAAUAUCCUCGGUUUUAUUGUCCCUUUGAUAUUCAUAGCAACGUGCUAUUUCGGAAUCCGAAAACACUUACUGAAGGCCAACAGCUAUGGGAAGAACAGAAUAACGCGCGACCAAGUCCUAAAGAUGGCGGCUGCUGUUGUUUUGGCAUUCAUCAUCUGUUGGCUUCCCUUCCAUGUUCUGACCUUCCUGGACGCUCUGGCCUGGAUGGGUGUCAUUAAUAGCUGUGAAGUUAUAGCCGUCAUUGACCUGGUACUUCCUUUUGCCAUCCUCCUGGGAUUCACCAACAGCUGCAUUAAUCCCUUUUUGUACUGUUUUGUUGGUAACCGGUUCCAGCAGAAGCUCCGCCGGGUGUUUAGGGUUCCAAUUACUUGCCUCCAAGGCAAGCGAGAGAGCAUGUCGUGCCGAAAAAGCAGUUCCCGUAGAGAAAUGGAGACCUUUGUGUCCUAAGCGUGCGAGUGGAACGCAGGGUGACAGCACGGCCACCUGGUUUGAGGUUCCCUGGAAUUAUCUUUUGGAUGGCUCGAGUGACAUGAUAAGUUUUGCCCUUGAUGGAAUCUGGUCUCACUGUUCCAGAACAGGAAACCAAACGUAGCUGGAAGUUUGAUCCAGCGACUUUCAGGAAUUGCCCCUUUCCUGCAGUCUAUCGGCACAAGGCUGUCGUUGGGAAGACAGAUCCGUAACCUAGCAGUAACUGAGGAUUUAUCUCAAGUUAUCAUUAAUAACAAAUUGUGAAUGGUGAUUUGGGGUUUCAGAUUUCUCCUGGACGAAUGAUGAAGUUUUUUUUUUUUUUUAUUGGUUUUUUAUGUCCACUUUUCAUCAGGCUUCCCUCUUGAACCAAGGGCAGUUUUUUAACUCCUUGCAUUAUUUACAUUUCUAAGUGAAGUAUACUGCAGUAGAUUGGUACUGAAUUAUUCAGGCUCUAGGCAAAUGCCUUCAACUUUAAAAAAAUAUUAUGAGUAAUCACCUUUUACAUUUUACUUGAGCGUAGGUUUAUAUUUAAGACAUAGCUACAUAUUGAGUAGGGCUAGGAAUAUAGAUUAGAUCACCUGUACUACAUUUAUCUUAUUUUUACAGUUAUAGGAAACAAAAUGUAUAAUAACGUAGAAAUAAUCUAGAUUUGAGAUUAACAAAUAUUUGAGUGUGCACUAACCUCUGAAUAAACACUUUUAAAAAAACUUUCUAUCCAUUUUAACUAUUGUUUGGAGAUUUCUAUGUUCUCUGAUAAUUUUUGGAAAACAAUAACUAAACACCGUGUAGUGUUGUAAAAUGCAAAGGUCACUUUUUACAUCCUUGACCUUUUGGUGCUUUGAUAUAUAGGAAGUUGGCUUGACUUUUAUUAUUGAUGCUCUCGUUCUGGGUUGCUUCCCAAAAUAUCUGCGUGGCUUCUUUAACUCUUUAAUUUGUAAUAAACCUUUAACUGGCUAGGAAAAAUUUAUGCCAGGAUGGAGUUUUGAUACCCAAGGAGACAAAGAGGUCCAGCAAAUGACAACUUUGGUGUCACAUAAAAACCCCUACCUGUCAGGGCAGUGUAAUGUGUCUUUGAAAGUAGAGACCACGGGCAGACUGAACUUGUACGGGUGGAUUCUGUUUCUUCCAGAUUUUAUAGGAUUCUGUGGCACUCUCUUAAAUCAAUCGCUGGUCCAUAGACCUCUUUUUCCACACUAUUAGCACUCCUGUCAGGAGUACCUAGAGUUUACGUAGAGCAUGAGUCCUAAUUUUAGAAGUUAGACAUUUCAUUCUGCACCAGCCCCAUAUUAUACCAGGUUACCUAGGACCUUCCUAGACCAAUGCUGACCUCUGAGGUAGAAAUAAAUGUUUCAAGGACUUAGUGUUUCUGCCUUGUUCCAAGGCUAUAGAUUAAAGAAUUCUCUCACCCCACUUUCUGGGAAAUUCCUAAUUUCAUGUACUCUAUUAGUAUCAAUGAAACAAAUAGCUAAAUGUGUAACCAACUCUGACUUCAUAUCCUAAAUAAUUUUGUAAAACAUUGCAUAUAAAUAAAAUCUUGAAUUGGGA